CAAAGCUUGUAUGAUUUGUUCAUACAGACCUAUAAAAAUGGACAGCUUAUUUGUGUUUGUUCUAAUCCCAUCAUUACCAGAUCAGUUAGAUUCUGAGUGACAGUCUGGAAGAGACAGUGGCCCAAGUAACUGAUUACCUGAGGAUUAUGACCUCCAGAAGUGCACCAUAAGCAUGUUUGAAGGCAUCAGCAGGUGUCGGUACAUAAUCUCAUCCACAUCCAGGUCUUAAUGCUUUUCUUCCGAAUUCCUUAAUGAAACGCCUCAGUAGUCGCACUGAAUGCUUUCUGAACAUCACUGAGCGGGUGACGGAGGACACCGUGCUUGUUCCAAAUCGUAUCAUCAUGGUGGCCUGCUAACAAACAAGACUGCAGUUCUCCUUGAACGUCUCCUGCUGUCACCUCCUCUCCAUCAUUUUUUUCUGCUUGUGCCUGUCCUGUCGUCAGAGGGUGUGGACUGCCCUUCAUCUUUUAAGUGUAUUAUCAGCAGGACAGCAGAUUAGCUUUUACAUCGCCGCCUACAAGGACUUCAGCAUUUCCUCUGUAGACCUUCAUUGGACAUCCAAACCAUGCAGCUGCUCCUGACUCUGCUGGUCAUCACCUGUGCGGCCAUCCACAUUGCUCUUUCUUGUUCACUUUGCCAAGGCGAUGGCCUGAAGUGUCACACGUGUGCUGCAGCCAACGAAGAGGAGUGCAACCGACAAGGGACUCAGAGCUGCCCGCAGCAGGCCGACGCAUGUUCAACCAUCACCGGGCCCAACGCCAUCUUGAAAUCGUGCUCCUACAAGUCGUUCUGUGACAAGGCCCAGCAGGGCAAUGCUGGCGUGAAAGUGGACUGCUGCUUCUUUGAUGACUGCAACGGACCCCAUAAGGACAGAAGCAGGGGCCGCGGCUCGGCCAACGGGGGUGCCUCUGUGCCUUGCAGCUUCCCUUUGCUCUGCUUAGCUUUUCUCGCCAAGAUGGCAUUCAACAGAAUGUGAACAAAAAAAAGAAUGGCCUGUCCUUGGUAUGCCACUUAUGAGAGACACAAGAAAUAAGACAGCCAGGUGGUGUUGUAGAAGAGACCCCUUCUGCUGUUUUGUGUUGUUUCUUGCCGCCCGUAGCACAGACCCCCGUGAGCUCCUUAGUGCCGAGUGUCUUUGUGUCCCUAAGCCUCCUCUUUGCAUUUUGCACAGUCCCACUGAGCCACAUGGGCCCUCCCUCUGUUCUGCACUGUUCAACUCCGUUUCCACAUGAAACGAGCCCCACCGUGCUCACUUUCGCUCCAGCCAGCCAGCUCAUGAGUGUCACUCCAACGCUCGGCCCCAAGGCCUUGGGCUCACCUCCCACUCUGAUCCGGGCUCAGCCUUUACGCACUUUCUUUAGCAUUUUCUCCAGUCAAUCGAAUCCCUCCAGACAUCCCAUGCUGACACGCUCUGGCCACACGUCUUGUCCUCGAUGGUUUCUCAGAAAUGGCUUGUGGCUCACAACAUGGAUGAAGCAGUCAAGAGUCACAGCAGAGUGGCUCCCUUUGUCACUGAAGUGUCCCACAUGAGUUGUUGUUUCCAUACAAACCUCGGAUUACAUUAUCUCAGACCACAAUGAACACACCUGCAUCAGCUCACUAAAGGGAACUCAUUUCAUUUAUGAUUAAAUUUGGAAAAUGAUGCCAUAGCUGUGUGAAGCACAGCCUUCUGGGUAUUUCCAAAAGUGAACCCAUAACACCAAUAAAUGAAAGCAUUUAAUCCAAGGUGGGCUUUGGCCUCCAUUCAAGGAAGCCAGCAGACACAAAACGGCGGCCAUGGUGGAGGAGAGUGUAGCAGUCUGACGUCAAAAUGGAUAAAUGUGAAGUGAAUACAAAGCAGGGUGGGAGGUGCGGACCACCAAGCUUGGCAAUCAGACUCCUGCUGGCUUUGUGAAAACAACUGGUAAAGCAUCCAUUAUUCAACAGGGUCCUAAGCUUAUGAGGAAGCGUGAGGCUGGAGUGUGGUGGGCGAGGUGGGCUUUGCUGGGCAGUCGCUGUGCUUAGCGUAAAUGUGCUUUUAAUUUGCAUGUUGCUUUUACUAGCUGUCCAAUAAAAUGUUAUCUUUCUGUCCUCACGUG